CAGCCACCAUUACAUCUGUUUCAUAGGUUGAAUGGUGGGGUUCUGGAUCAUAUUGGUUGUUAUUGUGAUGGGCCCCCUCUGUACUUCCCUUUGAGUGAGGAAGAAGGCAUCAUGGGGAGGAACACUGAAGAACAGAUUGUUUCGCAUGUGGGUUCUAAGGCUACAAUGGAUGAUGAACUUAAAGAAUCCUCUUUCACUUCUAUGCCUAAAUCACCUUUACAAAAUAGCAAAGCAAGCAGUAUGGUAGUCAAGAAAGCACAUACUGUGAUUCCUGCUCACAUAGUUGCGGAAGCCAUAUCAACGCUCCAUGGUCUUGACCUCAGAUGGUCAGGUCCAAUCACGCCGACUGAGAUGCAGUAUGUUGAGCAGUAUGUCUUUGCCAAGUACCCACAAUACGCCAAUGGAUUGGUUGAGGAAGGAGAAAUGAUCGAUCUCUCCACUCUUUGCAUCAAUGAGGAGUCUUCAGAUCCAACACCUGACGAUAGGAGGAAGUCCCCUAGAGGCAGUUUCAGAGAGUCCACACCUUCCUUUGGUAGCAAUCUCCCUGAUCUAGACAGAACCCAGUUGGAGGCAUCAAGACUGCUUGAUAUCCUCACCAAGAAAUCCUCCUUUCCUGGCAGUUUCAUCUCAAUCCCAGAAAUCCAAGCUCAAAACAAAGUUCUAAAGCACUGUGGUCUGUCUGACAAUGAGUACCUAGUCCUCUUCACGUCUAACUACAAGGAAGCGAUGAUGAUGGUGGGAGAGAGCUAUCCUUUCUUCAGGGGAAACUUCUACAUGACGAUUCUUGGGGAAGAAGAGGAUUACAUAAAGGAAUUCGCAAGUUACAAGGACUCAAAAGUGAUCUCAGCACCAGAGACUUGGCUGGACUUGAGGAUCAAGGGAUCGCAGCUUAGCCAGUACUUCAGAAGGAAGUGUAAGCACAGUCCCAAGGGACUCUUCUGUUACCCUGCGGAUGUGAAUGGUACACGAUACUCAAUGCACUGGGUUUCAGAAGCUCACCGGAACUCAUGGCAUGUUCUGCUUGAUGCCACUGCGCUGGUUGUGGGGGAGGAUAGGUUGAACCUUGCACUGCACCGGCCGGACUUUGUAUUGUGCAGUCUGGACAACACACACGCUCAUCCUUCAAGGAUCACUUGCCUCUUGGUCAGGAGGAAAUCCUUUGAUACAUCAACAGCUUCAGCUCAGAUCCAUGAGUGACAGGGAACAAUUCAUCUGAGAAAUGUAGAAUAUGUUCAAAUUGGUUCAGCAAUAUAUAUACCUUGUUUUCGCUUGGGAAUUUGAAUCAA